AUGGAGAGUAAAGCAAGCAUAAUUACAUCUUUCGGUGGACAAGCAGGCGAUGUUGCCGGGCCGGAUUGCAGGACAGCACCAGUUUCCACGUUUUCUGCCAGACCGAUGAUGAAUGUACACUUUGUGUCGUCGGGCUCGCUUAUUUCGCAAUUGGCCGACGACAACGCGACAAUCCGGUCGCCAUGCCGACCAGACGAUGCGUGCAAUUGUGAGUCGGUCGGUUUCGUGGCUCGGUCCACGGUUGGCGCGACUCGUGUCAGACAGAAUAGGUCAGAACUGGAAAAGUUGGAUGGUGGCAAAAAUGGUUUGAGUGUUCUGUCGAAGAGUGCUGCUGCAAACGGUCGAAGGACAUCGUUGCACGGAAAGCCGUUGUCGACGCGAAUGAACCGAAAUGACGCUCGCUAUCGACGCAUGCAGGGUCGGAUAUACAAUUUUCUGGAACGACCCAAAACGUGGAGAGCCAUCACAUAUCAAGUACUUGUGUAA